CAGAUAGGCCUCUAGCGCGUCCGCACGAUUCCCCUUUGCACCAUGCCGAACGUCGUCGUACCCCUCCCGACAUCGGCUCCUUCGGCCAGCUGCUCCCCUAUAAAGGGGCAUGCAAUGGGAGCACGGAACUCCACCGAUCACCCACAUUCUAGUUGCUGAACGUCAGGUUCAACAUGGCUGAGGCUUCUAACAUCGACGACUGGACGCGCUCGGACGUCUACCACAACUCGUUCCUCAUCCCCGCCGACGAGGCCCUCGAGUACGCGCGCAAGUCCAGCGACGAGCAAGGUCUCCCCGAGAUCGCGGUCAGUACCGCCCAGGGCAAACUCCUGAACCUACUGGCCCGUUCGAUCGGCGCGAAGCGUAUCCUCGAAGUCGGCACUCUCGGAGGCUUCUCCACCAUCUGGUUGGCUCGCGCCCUGCCCGAAGACGGGGAACUGGUUACUCUGGAGCUUCAGCCCAAGCACGCUGAGGUUGCGCAGGGAGACAUCGCCCACGCCGGCCUGGCGUCCAGAGUGAAGAUCAUCGUCGGUCCCGCUGCCGAGUCGAUCACGAAGCUGCAACCCGAGCCGCCCUUUGACUUUGCCUUCAUUGACGCCGACAAGCCUGGAAACCUUACUUACUUCCUUGAGGCCAAGCGCCUCGUGAGGAAGAACGGGGUCAUCAUUGUGGACAACGUCGUCAGACACGGGCGCGUUGCUGACCCGACGCAGAACGAUGCCAGCUCUAUUGGCACUCGCAAGCUGCUCGAACACCUCAAGACAGACAAGGACGUCGACGCGACCACAAUCAGCACGGUCGGCGAGAAGGGAUGGGACGGCUUCACCUAUAUUAUCCGUCUCUAGAUGGGAGUACCGGUGUCUGCGUUUCUGCGUUAGGUGUAAGACGAAAGAAUGAUUAGUGAUAGGAUGUAUUAUAGCACACAUAAAGGAACGACACAGUGACUGGCUCAGGUCAACUUA